AUGGCGACGCGCGCGCGCGCGCGCGACGCCGUCGUCGUCGCGAUCGCGCUCGGACGCGCGACGGAUGCCGAGGCGAUGACGCGCGCGCGCGCGAUGCUCGACGCCGACGUCGCGGACGCGCGCGUGGACGUCCUUCGCGUCGGCGACGAUGGACGAAUGACGACGAACGCGUGGCGACGGACGCGGGACGUCGCGGUGAAAGCGGCGGCGCGCGCGGCGUUCGUGCUCGUCGUGUGCGUCGACGGUGCGGGGACGGAGACGACGCGGGCGGUGCAAAUGUUCCUGGCGAUGACGCGUCGAGACGGUGGGCGUCGGACCGGGAUCGACGUGUCGGGAACGUGGACGCCGCCGCGACGGAUUGAUUGUUUGCGCGCGAAUUUGUGCUUCAACGCCGUCGCGGCGCGACUUCCGGCGCGGCGGUUGUAUCCGAAAGGGGUGGGUGAGGACGCGGCGGCGGAGACGUGGCGGGAAUUUCACGCGCGGGCGCUCGAGCGCGCGACGUCGACGGUGGAGCGCUUGGACGACGGCGGCGUGCGAGCCGUCGCGGAGGCGGAGGCGACGUCGUUUGGUGGUGAAGAUCCCAUUCAGCGAUUGGCGCUGACGAUGUCGGCGCGCGAAUUUGUGCUUCAACGGGUGGGUGAGGACGCGGCGGCGGAGACGUGGCGGGAAUUUCACGCGCGGGCGCUCGAGCGCGCGACGUCGACGGUGGAGCGCUUGGACGACGGCGGCGUGCGAGCCGUCGCGGAGGCGGAGGCGACGUCGUUUGGUGGUGAAGAUCCCAUUCAGCGAUUGGCGCUGACGAUGUCGGAGCAGUUGGAGGACGCGAGCGCGCGCGUGCGCGCGUUCGUCGCCGAGCGUUCGCGGGAAACGACGGCGACGUUGCGCGACGGCGAGCUCGCUCGAUUGGUCGAAUCGUCGCCCGAACGAUGGGUCGACGGAGGAUACGCCGCGCAUCACUACGUCGGUGCCCCGCCCGGUGCGCACGGCGUGUAUUACGAACUCGAGCUCAGAGACGGCGAACGCGUGGGGUACAUCGCGCUGAGCGCGAUGCAGAGCGAUGAGGCGGCGACCGCGGCGUACCCGUUCGCGUCGCUCGACUCUAUCUUCACCACCGCGCAAGUCGAUCGGCUGUGCGUCUUGCCGGACCACAGGGGGCGCGGUGUGAAGGAGAUUUUACUUCGCGACGUGUGCGAUGGAUUUCACCGCGCGCUCGGCCUAGCGGUGCGCGUGAAGACAGCCAAGGAGUCGGUGGUGAAGAGCUUUCAAUCGUGCGAGUUACUCGCGUUCGAGCGCGUGAAGGAUCCGUCGGCGAACGGCGUGGCCAAGCGACGGGGCGCGAAAAAUGUCGUCGUACUUCCAAUACUCGAUCAAAAACCGCGCGCGGAGCGAUGGACCGAAGAUCCGGAUGACGCGCGGGAUUACUCGGACUGGCGCGGCGCCGCCAAAGACGAUGGACGCUCGUCGGCGGACGCCGCCACUCAAAGCAAACGACGAGAUGAGAGCCCUCUCGCCGCGUUCACAUCCGCUAUAAAUCGCGUGACGCCCGAUAACGUGCAGUGCAUGACGUCGCGGGUACGCGCGGCUUUGGUGGACGCGAACGCGCUCGAUGACUUUGCCGAGCGAUUGGUAGAAGCGGCGUCUCGUGGACGAGCUCGAUACGCUACGACUUUCGCUCACCUUUGCGUGGAGAUGCCGGAUGAUUUUCAGCGAGUCGUUAGUGACCGCGCGAUCGCCGAGCUCGCUCGAGCGUCCGAGGAGGACGCGCGAGACAUUGCCGAAUUCGUCGUCGAGUUAUGGACGCGCGGAAUCGUCUCCGAAGGUCAACUCUGCGAAGCAAUUUUCGACGGUUCGAGACCCGGUGAGGACGUCGUGCGGACCGAGAUUGCUUUUCGGACGUUGAUGCGAGUCAGCAAUGCGUCGCUGGGACGUCUGCAAUCCGCGCGCGCGUACGUAGACGCGUGUGCGCCGGACGGUCGCGAGGCGUUGAAGAACAUGGGCGCGCCGACGCGCUUGGUGUUUCUAGCCGAAGAGACGCACGCGUCCUUGUCGAGUUGCGCGGACGCGAGCGCGCGACGAAAACUUUUUGGCGACCGUCAUCGAGCGACCACGCGCGCCGAGGCGCACGAAUCUGCGAAAGACGACGUGAAGAAGCUCUCGAUAGCUCUGGUGGACGAGCCCGCGGCGGCGCUUCGCGGCAAACGCAAGGGUUGGGUCUUUUGGUACGUCGGCUCCCCCGUUCGCGCUCACGACGGCGCGGAGUACGCGUUCGUUCCCGGAGAUCCCACGCGUCGCUUCGUUCGCGUGGAAUGA